AGACUCCAUUCAAUAUUCAGUCAUUUCGAGUACGUCAAACCGUUCGUUCGUCUAAAACUUGUAUUUCAAAAAUAACGGCACAAUUUUAAUUAGCAAUUUUUUAUUUGUGUUCUUUUGUUUAACUUUUUAUUUUGUUAAUUAAACCUUUUUAUGUGUUAUAAACAUAUUAAAUAGAAGUUAAUUAUUUGUUUGGCAAAAAAAAAAUAAAGACUAAAAAUAAUCUUAAUAAAUAAAAUUCUUUAAAAAAAGAUUUUAUUUAUUCCCUAAAAUACCUUUACUUGGCCAUUAUCCAUGAUAUUCAAUUUUGACGAUGAAAAUAUCUAAUUUGGCAACUCAAACAAAAUUGAGUUUUACUUUAUUAUUACUAACAAUAUUAACACAAACAUGGGCGCAGGCGCCUAAAGGAUUGUCUAUUUCUACACAUGAUAUCACUGUGUUAAUCAAUAGUUCUGAAACUGUUUAUGUUUAUGUUAAUGAUGCCUUGGAACAGCAUGUUACGGUCAUUCUUAAACCACAACAUGACAAUCUGGCAUUAAUAGAACCAACGCAGUUUGAUUUUAAUGCUGAUGGUGCACAAAAUCAAAGUAUUGUUGUUACUGGUUUGAAACCGGGACAUUUAGAAGUUACGGCCGAUAGUCAACCCGAUGAAGAAUGGAUCGUUAAAGAUGUAUUUCUACGCAUUACAGUGGCCAAUUCCGAAGCCAUUAUUUAUACUUCAUUGAUCUUCGGCUGGAUAUAUUUUGUGGCUUGGUCUGUGUCAUUUUAUCCGCAAAUAUGGGUCAAUUAUCGUCGCAAAUCAGUGGUGGGCUUAAAUUUUGAUUUUGUUUUCUUAAAUUUAUUGGGUUUUACUCUGUAUUCAAUAUUCAAUUGUGGCCUUUAUUGGAUACCAGAAAUACAAGCCGAAUAUACCAAUCGUUAUCCUCGUGGCCUCAACCCGGUUAUGUUGAAUGAUGUGGUAUUCUCUUUACAUGCCAUGUUUGCUACCAUUAUAACUAUUUAUCAAUGUUAUGCUUAUGAACGUGGAGAACAAAGUAUUUCGAAAACAGCUACUGCCCUUCUAUCAUUAUUUAUUUUAUUUGUAAUUAUAUGUUGUGGUUUAGCGGCUGGUAAUGUUAUACAUUGGUUGGACUUUUUAUACUAUUGUAGUUAUGUGAAAUUAACUAUAACAAUUAUAAAAUAUGUACCACAGGCUUUAAUGAAUUAUCGUCGUAAAAGUACCAUUGGCUGGAGUAUUGGUAAUAUUUUAUUAGAUUUUACUGGAGGCACCUUAAGUAUGCUGCAAAUGAUACUUAACGCUUAUAAUUAUGAUGAUUGGGUAUCAAUAUUCGGUGAUCCCACCAAAUUUGGUCUGGGUCUAUUUUCGGUAUUAUUUGAUAUAUUCUUUAUGUUACAGCAUUAUGUGUUUUACAGGCAUGCUAAUAGUGAUUUUUCAAAAUCCAAUGAAACCGUGGAAUCUGUAGUAACACCUUCUUCUGUACCUUCUACUGUUUCUCUUAGUGUUAAUGAUAAAAAAGAACAAGUUUAGUUUUAUAGCGAAUUUAGCUAAAAAUUUGUUGUAAAUUUUUGUUUGUAAAAAAUUGUGUUAUUUAAGUUAUAAAUUGUAAUUUUUAUAUUUAUACUAUAAUAAGUAUAUGUAUGUAUUCUGUAAUUUUUAGUUAAAUUGUAAAUUAUUUUAUUAAAUGUUUUUCUAUAUUAUAUUAUUUUUUACUACUUAUACCACAUAAAGCAAAAAUUAGU